AUGGAUACAAAUUCAAGUUGCCGUGAUUAUGAAUUCCCCUAUGAGCCCUAUCGAAUCCAAUUGCAGCUGAUGGACAAAAUUUACGAGUCGAUAGAAGAAAAAAAGGUCGCAAUCAUUGAAAGUCCUACUGGAACUGGCAAGUCGCUCAGUAUUAUUUGCUCUGCCCUCAAGUGGAUUGAAGAUCAUAGAGCUAAUCAAAUCAACCAACUGACCAAAGAAAUUGAAAACAUGAAAUUAAGCUGCAGUAACGCCGACAGCAGUUUAGACUGGGUUGAAGCCCAAUCUAAGAAAAUUUCAGUCAACUUGAAAAUCAAAGAUCAUGACGAAACAUUAGAUAAAAUCAACAAACAUGUGACCUAUUCAAAAGAGCUUAGGAAGAGGGCGAAAAUGCGACGCUUUCGUGAAGUAGCAGCUGCUGAAUCAAAGAGCAUCACUACCAAAAGACAGUCUGAUUACGAUAUGUUUGAUGAAGAGAAUGAACUAAUCGUCAAAUAUUGUGAUACGGAAGAACUUUUAGACGAGGUGGAUGAUGAGAAAAAGUGGGACAAUUUUUACAAGCCCAAAAUUUACUACUGCAGCCGAACUCAUUCACAGCUGUCCCAGUUCAUCAACGAAGUUAAGAAAACAAAAAAGUACCAUAAUGAACAUAAUUCGCUCAUGCUGGUUCCACUGAGUUCCCGGGUAAACUAUUGCGUAAACCCUGAUGUAAAUCGAUUCAGCAAUGUCAAUGUGAUUAACGAAAAGUGCAAAGAAUUAAUGAAUGGCAAAAAGAAGUGCUGCAUGAACCAGCCAUCACUGACACAGCAGCUCAACGAGGAGAUUCUAGGCAACGUUCAGGACCUUGAAGAUAUCGUGACAAAGGCAAAGCAACUGAAAGCAUGUCCUUACUAUGCCUCACGAUCAACUCUGACUGAGGCGGAAAUUGUCAUUAUGCCGUACAACAUUCUCCUGCACAAAGGCACUCGUGACAGUUUCGGUAUUCAUCUGAAGGACUCUGUGAUAAUCAUUGACGAAGCACACAACUUGCUUGAAACACUAGCCAACGUCUACAGUAUUGAAAUUCGUCAGCGUCAUUUAGAGAUGCUGCAAACUCUACUGACCAAGUACAUGACCAAGUAUUACUCCCGAUUUAAUCCACUGAAUCUCAUGUAUCUGAAACAACUCAUAUUCAUCGUGAAAAGACUGCAACUCUCGUUGAAAGCACUUGCAGGAGAUAAGCGAUCUUAUAAUCCACUGGAGUUUGUCCUUAAACUAGAAAUUGAGCGUAUCAAUAUCUACAAGCUGGCAGAGUUUAUUGACAAGAGCCACAUUGCCAGCAAGCUGUACAUGUUUUCACUCAAGCCACCAUCAGAAGAAGUUAUAAAAAAGACGAAAAUCAGCGGAACACUUGCAUUUCUGAACAAAGUCAAAAGUGGUCCCGCAACUAAAAAAGAUAAAGAAGUCACUCCUGCUACAAACAGUAAAGAGCAACCGAAAGAAGUAGCCAAUGGUGGUGACAAUGAUUUACCACAGGAGUCUUUCAACUCAAAUAUGCUUUAUACUUUAAAAGAGUUGCUUUUUGCUCUAAAGGACUACUCAGUUGAGGGGAAGGUUCUCUUAACUAUCAACCAGGAAACUCCUGCAGAUUCAACGUGCAAAUAUAUACUUUUAAACUCGAGCACUCAUUUCAAGGUAUUUACAAACGUUGUUUCAACAAUUUACUAA